UUUAAUCUUCAAGUUCUGUGGCAGCUCCAAUAGCAUACGUGUGGAGAGUUCCUUCUCUGUGGUCAGUUACUCUCUGCUUGAUCUCAUUACUGAGGUUCCAGUGAGAUUUCUUCUCAGUCCUGUGACACCAUAGCCUGCAACUCUCAUCCAUGACAGGAAGUUUCAGCCACCCAACCUUCCUUCCCCUUUUACUUGUCUGAACCCAGGACUGCUCACUGUGCUAUGUUGUGGCCACUGCUGCUGCUCUCGCUGUGUGCAGGGUCCCUGGCUCAGGAUUUAGAAUUCCGGCUGGUGGUGCCUAAGUCGGUGACAGUCGAGGAGGGUCUGUGUGUCCACGUGGCCUGCAGUGUCUCCUACCCCUCCAUUACCUCCACUUUUGGACCUGUCAUUGGCUCCUGGUUCCGGAAAGGGGACACUCUUCAUGAAGACCCUCCAGUGGCUACAAAUGAUCCCAGACAACUUGUGCAGAAGGCAACACAGGGCCGAUUCCAACUCCUUGGGGACCCACAGAGACACGACUGUUCCCUGCUCAUCAGAGAUGCACAGAAAACUGACACAGGAGUGUACUUCUUCAGAGUGGUUAGAGAGCCUUUUGUGAGAUAUUCUUACAGAAAAAGCCAGCUGUCGCUGCAUGUGACCCCUCUAUCACGUACUCCUGACAUCAUAAUCCCGGGGACCCUGGAGGCUGGCCAUCCUAGCAACCUGACCUGCUCUGUGCCCUGGGCCUGUGAGCAGGGGACACCCCCUACCUUCUCCUGGAUGUCAGCUGCCCUCACCUCCUUGAGUUCCAGAACCACCAACUCAUCAGUGCUGACCCUCACACCUCAGCCCCAGGACCAUGGUACCAAACUCACCUGUCUGGUGACCUUCUCUGGAGCAGGUGUCACUGUGGAAAGAACCAUCCAGCUCAAUGUUACCUGGAAAUUGGACCAGAUGAGAGAGGUGGUCCUGGUGGCUGUGGGGGAGGCAGCGGUCAAGCUCCUGAUUCUCGGACUCUGUCUCGUGUGUCUCAUUGUGAUGUUCUACAGAAGGAAGGCAACAAAGCUGUCAGUGCACAUGGACUGUGAAAACCCUGUCAAGGCUCAUCAGCAGGCCUACAAGGUACACAGCGACCCUGAGAACCCAAGACCCUUGCAGAAGGACUCGCCUCAGGAACAGAGCAGUAUCUACACCAAGAUUUCCCUGGAUUCCAUGGGACUGGAGCCUCAGGAGUACUCAGAGAUCUAAAUUCAGCAAGCUCUGUUCUCGUGAAGCACUUGUGUCCUCCAUGGCUCCCCGCAGAUAAUUCCUGGAUCCCUCUGAUCCCGACAGACAGUGGGUUACGCAGCUGUGUCGACCUCGUCUGACUUUGCAAUAAGAGACCUGUACUCAGUAUAAUGGUCCCCACCUUCUCCUCCUGCCUCAUCUCUCUCUACGUCUCCCUCUCUACAUCUGUCAUACGGAUGGAUAUACACAUGUGUGUGCCAAUGCUCUGGCCCAUGAGUACAUGUAUGAAGGCCAGAGGUCAAGUGUUCUCUCCAUCAUCACCAUCAUCAUCAUCAUCAUCAUCGUCAUUAUUUUGACACAGGGUGUGGUGGUUUGAAUAAAAAUGUCCUCCUCCAUUGGGCACAA